UUGUUACGAUUGUUACAGUAAAAUGUUUUGGAAUGUGUUUAAAUAUAUAUUUUGUUUUGUAAUUUUGAUAUUUGCAGUGUAUUCACAAGACUGUAACAUGGGUGGGUUCACAUACAAGGAUUCAAAGUACAUACUGUCACGUGAACCAAGGACCUUGUACUCGUCAAAGAUACAUUGCGAAACCAUUGGAACACGUCUGGUGACAAUCGGAACUGUAUCGGAAUACCAUAUUCUCCAAGGAAACAACGUUUGUGAGAAGAAGUUUUGGAUAGGAUCACCGAAUAUUUUCAAUCCGAAAACCCGAUCAGUAAUGUCGUCAAGUGCAAUUGAUCCUGAUAUCCUGGAUAACAAGCCCCUGUGUAUCAUCUUGAACAAAGGAUUGACAGUCACUAAUUGCAGUGAUAAAUAUCAAUCUAUCUGUGAAAAAAAUGAAACCCGAAAAUCUCUUUGGGUCGAGGAACUGCUCAACUUUUCACUACCUAUAGAUGAAGUGUCGAGGAAUUGCGAAUACCUACAAAAGAACAAGCAAAAGGAGUAUGUGAAAUCAAAUGUGUCAGUUGAAGACCUAUACGAUAAGGUGUUUAACUCGUCAGAUUAUGACCCAGUGAAUGUUUUAAAACAACUUAAGAACGCAACAUAUGCAUGUAAAGAAACCAAUGAAACAUUUCAAGCCGUAAGACUAAUAAAGGUCGUGAAAAUGAUGACAAAACUUGCAGAAUUGGAUUUAAACAACUCAAAGGCAUUGGCAGAAGACAGGCUAAAGCCAUAUCUGGAUAUCAUGAGUAAUCUCGUCGGGGAUCAUACAAUUUACAGUUGGAUUGUUACGAUAAACCAGGAUUUUAAUGCGCCAGAUAAUGCGAACAUUUACAUUUUUAGUCCGCUUGAGAACGCAAUAUAUGCUUACAAAGAAAAUAAUGAAACGAUACAAUAUGACAUAUUAAUAAAGAUCUUGGACAUUUUUGCGACACAGGCAGGUGUGGAUUUAAAUGCCCAAAAUUCCUUGACAAAAGAAAGUCUAAAGCCAUUUCUGGAGAUCAGGAGUAAUCUCCUAGGGAAUCAUACAAAAGAAAGUUGGGUUAUGAUAGUAUACCAGACAGGCAAUAGCGGAUAUGAAUUUAGCUAUGACUUUAAAAGUAUCACGAAUGCAGAAGAUGAAUCUGGCAAGAAAGCUUGUAUGUAUGUAUGUAUGUAUGUAUGUAUGUGUGUAUGUGUGUGUGUGUGCGUGUGAACUCCUAGUAUGAUAUCUUCUAUAUAAACGAAAAACAUGAUAAAUUUUAUGAAUAUUCUUUUGUUAAAGAAAAAUAUAGAAGCUGUUAAUAAUACUAAUUAAUAAUACGAAAAUUAUACGAAUAUUUCUUUCACCUAUACUUGAUAGCUUAUAGUAGGAAUAGAUUCUAAAGUUUUAUGCCAUCAAGUCAAUGUCACUUCUUUUCUAAUAUUUCAUGUUUUAGUUUUUUUUCUCGAACAACUGGAUUUGAAAAACGAAGACAAAGAAAUUAAUUUCAUUUUAGACCAUUGGUGUACGCGAUGUGUAUAUUUUUUAAACCACAUUGGAUACAUUUUUUAUGUGCACAUAUAGGCACAUUUUUGCAAGCGAUGGCAGUAUAAGGUAUUUGUAAGU